AUGGAUGAUAAAAAAAAACGUAAAGUUACUUUUCGUGAUAUACCUGAAGAACAUAAAAAACAAAAAAAUACUACAAAUGAUACACGUUUACAUAGUGGAAAAUAUACAUUAGAUAGUGAUGAAGAUGAUGAUGAUGAUGAACAAGGAAAUGUUAAACAAAUGAAUCAAAAUGAUCUUGAUGAAAUUGGACAAGAAGGUGCUACGAUUGGUUUUGAUGAUGAUGUUAAAAUAACACCAUUUAAUAUUGAUGAAGAAUUAGAAGAAGGACAUUAUGAUGAAACAGGUUGUUUUCAAUGGAAAAAAAAAGAUAAAGAUGAAGUUCAUGAUGCAUGGCUUGAUGAAAUUGAUUGGACAAAUGUUAAAAAUUAUAAAUUAAAAAAUCCUGAUGCAACAGGAGAAGAUCUUGAUGAUCAAAAACAAAGUAAUUUAUCUAAUAAUGAUGAUGAUGAUGAUGAUGAUGAAACAGAUAAAAAUCAAUUUAAUGAAAUAAAUACUAUUCAAUCAAUGCUUACAAUUAUGGAACCAGGUGAAACUGUUGUUCGUACAAUAAAACGUCUUGGAACAAUUUUAUCUAAUAAUAAACCAAAACAACAAUGGAAACAACGUAAACCACUUCCUGGAGAAAUUCCAAUAGCAAAAAAUAUUGAACAAACAUCUGAAGAAUUAAAAAAAAAUAAACUUUUACUUGAAGAAAUGUCUGGUCUUGCUAAUCAAUUUGUAUCCAAUGGUGAACUUGAUAUCUAUCAAGAAACUUAUGAACGUCUUAAAGCAAAACUUGAUCGUCUUCAAUCAUCAUCAAAUUCAACAACAACAACAACAAAUUCAACAUUUGAUAUGUAUGGUGAUAGUGAUAUUUCAUCAUCUGUAAAUAAACCAACAUCAUCAACAGACACAGAUCGUUCAUCAAAAGUUCUUUGGGAAUAUAAAACAGAUGUAGAUUCAAUAGAAAAUCUUCAAGGUCCAUUUACAACUGAACAAAUGAUUCGUUUAACAAAUAUGGAAGGAAAAUUAGAUAAAAAUAAAGUAUUAUGUCGUCGUAUUGGUACUGAACAAUUCUAUUCAAUAAAACGUAUUGAUUUUGAUCUUUAUCUUGAUUAA